AUGAAAGGUAUGAAGAAAUUUGAUAUUAAAGAACCAGAAUAUUCAUUUUAUUUAAAUAACCAAACAACUGAUUGGUUGUUUGGAAUUGGGAAUGGUGGAUAUGACAUUAGUAUUCAUAAAGAACAAGGUAAGGAAAUCUCUUAUUGCAAACAAGAAUCUUUUGAAUAUAAAGGAAUAUCAAAUUCACUUUGUGAAAAAUUUAAUUUCACACCUAAACGAUUCAUAGUAAUUGAAAUGAAAUAA